UCGUCGCCCGCGCAGUCAUCGCUAGUGUGUCAUCGCGAGCAGUGUCUAACGGACCUGUCAGUGUUAUUAGUGCGCGCACUUGUCUGUUGUGAGGGAAAUGGGAUUUCAAAAGGCAACCGCGUUUUUGCUGUUAUUAGGUGCAGCGUACGGGAAAGUGGACGUGAGAAUGACUGGACAUUGGAAGGAGAACGUUGGCUGGCAGCUGACGUGCACCUGGACUUUGGACAGUAGACCUCUACAGUCCGUACGGUUGUACAAGGAUGAUACGCAGUUCCUGAUAUACAGGCCAGAGAAACAAGGAGUAAACUUCAACUUCGGGUCUUCAGCUGACGACUCACGACUGACGGUCGACUGCCAUGACACCGGGAGCACGGGGAAGUGUGAUCUGGAACACGAGCUGUUGACUCCUCCAAUGUUCAACACGACGUACAAGUGUGAGGUGUCGGAGGAGGGGCCGAGGUUCGAAAUGAAGUUUGCGGAGUAUACCAUCGAUGUGUUUGUACCACCAUUAUAUCCACAAAUCGAAAUAUCAUCACACGACAGUCUUGUAAACGUAAACUGCACAUCAGCGGCCAUCCCCGCUCCGAGACUGGUGUGGCGUAUCGGAGAGCAGAGAAUUCCAGAGAACUUCUCAAGUCGUCGUUGGGACCUUACCAGCAAGCUGUGGCACUCGUGGUCAGUGGUCACCAUGUCACAGGGAGAAUCUCUGGUGUUGGCGUGCGAUGUCCAUUAUGCGAGCGCUGGCAAACUCAUCAUGGGUCAGAGCGUUGAAGCUACUGUCAAUUCUGCUGACAAUGUUAUGGGUUUGAAUGCCGUUUUUUUGGCAGCUCCUCUGAUGGCAUAUUUACGGUGACCACAAUGUAACUGCUGAUCCCAGAAAUUUUUUGAACAUAAAUUGUAUGGACAGUAAAACUGCUGAUUGGCUUUGUGGUGAAUGUUUGAAAAAUAUACGCAUUUUCAUGUGUGAACUGGCUUUAGUAUAGUUUAAGGAAAAUUAAGGCGGAGCUUAUAAGAUUAGUGAUUGUUUUUGUUACCUGCCAUUUGAGUUUAUAAAUAGAAUAGAUUACAUAUUAGCCAUAUUUUUGUUUUAAUGAUAUUUCUUCAUUGAUAUAAGUUAAGUAGAUUUAGGAAGUACGAUUCGAAGAGGCUUCCAUGGGACCAAAUUUUAAAACCAGAGGCAGAAAGAAAAUAAAUUCCAAAGAAAUUUCAGGUCCAGAGAGAUAAACCAAAUACUAAAUAGUAUAGUAUAAAGGUAUGGUGUUCAAUGAAUUAGCAGAUGAGUUGGCAACAUUCAUCAGUGCCAUGGUGGCGGCUAUGUUAUGAGCGCACUGUAUGGAGCAAUAAUAAAUAGAUUUAAUUGUAAUAUAAUUACCCCAAGAGUUAUUACAUCGAUGGAUGAUAAUGUGAACAUGACAGAAGGUUCGGACCCGGGUAUGUCCUUAAACUACGUCCAAAAGAGAGGUAUGAGCAAUGUGAAUGUUAUCUCGCCUUGUGUGGUAGGGCACAGCACAGCAGAUGUCAUUCCAGAUCUAGAGCAGAGCCCAACUGGGGAAGUACCUCCACCUUACAGAAAACCGCAGCCAAAUAACACUUGACCCUACUCAUAGUGUUGUGUUCCUGCCGGUGAGUAAGGUUGCCAGAGCCCUCGUUGAGCUCUGGGGUGGGGUUAGGGUCGGCAACGCGCAUGUAACUCCUCUGGAGUUGCAGGUGUACAUAGGCUACGGAGACUGCUUACCAUCAGGCAGGCCGUAUGCUUGUUUGCCACCGACGUAGUAUAAAAAAAAGGCUAUAUAAUCGAAAAAGAAGUGCUCGGGUGUAUUAAAACUGAAAAUCUGUAUUAUUGACUACUUUUUUGGUGGACAAGCCUUAUUAUUUAAGAGCAUGUAUUUGAUGUAUGUGUUAGUAAAUAGAUAGUCUGAUAAUUGUAUUAACGUACAGAAAACUUUAGUCCCUAUUUUCUAUAUUGAAUAAACCAUUAACUUUUUAAAAUGAUAUAAGUUGUAGGUACUAUUAUUGCCAAGUUUUUUUUAACAACUAGGCGAAAAGGUUACCAAAAAAACAGCAGAUAUAUAAAAAUGUUUUUAUUACAAAGUUAUGUACAAAAUAUUAUGAACUAUUGAGUACAUUGAAUAAUUUUCGUUGUUUAGAUACUUAUAUAAAGAAACUAAUUAUAUAUUUACAAAAAAAAGUAUGUACACUUUUCUACAUAUUUGGAGACCCAAAGUUAAUAUCUUUAUUGACGGAACACGGUUUAAAAAACAUAUUGUAUUCGUUGUACGCUUAUCAUUUUUUGAAAAGUACCGUCUACUGGAGCUAAAAUUCGAAUAAUUAUUAUAAUAGGUAAUUUACUGUAUUGUACACAGUUUCAUAUUUUCAUACUUUUAAGAAAAAAUCUUAAAUGUUAUUCCAAUAUGUAAGUAUUACGUUUAUAACCUAAAAAAGGGAGACGUCUCUUAAAUGUGACGACCAAGAACAAGGAGAAUGUUUCACAUUUAAACUUUUUGACGCCAAUGACGGAUAUAUCCGCACCGUAGGUCCAACAACGAAGACGGAAUAAUCCGUCACAGACCACAGAGCAACAUAGACUUAUGACCAUAUGCAUAAAGUUAAAUUUUAGUUUUCACACUUCGGUGACGUGCCGUCCGAGUGACAGCUUUUGUGUUUGACACGGCGUCGAAAAGGUUAAAAUCUAGAGUCUGAGUAUUUUGAUUCAGAUAAAGUAUUCAAUUUUAUUAGAUCUAGCCUCAAUGUCCUAAAAGAUUUUUUUUUAAUUUACAUAAUUUUUCUUUUUCAUAAACAUUGAGACCAUGAUCUAACUAUUUGAAGAAGAAAAUUGGAAUUCCUUGGUUAAUCAUUUAUUUAUUUUACACACACCGAAAUAAUAUCUUUGGCAUGUCAUUGCAGAGUGCGUAAAAUGUACAAAGUAAUACUAGUUUAUUUAGUGUACGAUGUUUUAAGUCUAUGUUUAUAGAAUAAAAUUUACAUGGAUGUUUUACAAUAAUAUAAAGCGAAGCGGAGUA